CUGCGGUAGCCUCCUCAGCUCCCAAGCUGAAGCACAUCUAUCCCCACCACCGCCCAAGCUCGUGGUUCGCGUGAAAUGUCACUCCAGACGAAGAGAAAGUACGAAGAGCUCGACGAUUCGGAUGAUGAAGAGCCUACACUAGGGCGACAGGUGCUGCCGGUCGCGAACCUCCCGGAGACAUUUGACGGGGUGCCUGUGGAUGGGCUGCAGUAUCUUUUCAUGGUUCGCCGCGAUGCACGCCAGCUUCCGCAUGUAACACGCGUCGCAAACCCCUACGACGUCCCGGAGGACCCCUCGGCCGCACCGCUCCCAGGGUCCAAUGGGUCAACACCACGCCGAGAUCUCCUUCCCUCAGAGGAGUGGCGGGAGACGUUCGUGAGGCGGUUCAAGAAUUUCCGUAAGAAUUCCACCCAGCCCACUGUCCGCGUUCACAUCCCUAACCCUAUUUCGAGCAUCCUCCCAUCCAUGAAGGAACGUGAUAUGUGGUGGGCGUUCCUCGCGGGCCGCCCGGAGAGUGAGUGGAACCCGCCCAAGAAGCCAAAACAGCCCAAAGUCUCCCGGUGGCAGAAGAGGGCGCAGGGCGCACGCUUUGCCGACGACGUUCAGGAGAACGCAUCGCUCUCGUACGACGCGCAUCAGGGUGGGUCCUCUGAGGCUGGGCCGAGCAACAUGAGCUUCGAGAUGGAGACUGGACCAUCGACGCCUGGAGCUGGUGCACGGUCGUUACCGACACCUUCUGGGACGCCCGCCCCGCCAGACCUUCCUGCGGACAGUUUGUUGCUGGAUGUGGAGGCAUCGCUUGAGCAACGGGCGCCUCUCAAAAUCAUUGCACGGGAACCUACACCAAGUCUCCUGCAACAUAUCGACCACAGAUACGCCAUACAUCUCUUGAUGUACUUCACGCACUGGAUCACCCUGCGGGUCGAACAAUCAUCGAUGCCGCUGACGGAUAUCACCCCGUCGCACGCACGCUGGAUGUUCGCACUGUUGUCGCGCGUCGAUGACUGGAUAUCAAGCGAUGAAACGAGUCUCCUGCGGAAUCUGGCGCGCGCCUGCAUCUCCCUCAUGGGUGAAAUCCGGCGGAGGCGUGCCGCGCAAAAUGGAUCGGAGGCUGGCGAAGUACCCGAGGAGGCGAGUAUGAUUGACGACGCAUCGUGCUGGAUGGUCAUCGGCGUCAUUACGGGGGUGUGGGGACAGCACGACUUGUGGAUGGACGCGGAGGAGCUCCUAUCCAAGGUCGAGACACAGGCAGAGGCCGACUCAAACCUUGCGUAACUUGUACAACUUAUGACAAUAUUGCGUGCAAUUGUCAGCCCCAAAUUGU